CGCCGCGCUCCCUUCAGCCAGCGAGGCCGCGCGCUGGCGUGUCCCGCGCUGUGCCGCGGGAGGGGCCGAGCCCAUGUUCCUCCUCCCUACCGGUCCCAUCCUUAAAGCACGAGUUCCGACGCCCCGCCUGUUGGGAGCGGGCGCCGGGAUCGGGACAGCGAGCCGCCGGGGCAGGCCAGGGCCUACCGAGGAGGGCCCGAGACCACGGAGCCGCCGCGGCUGGCACGCGAGCGUCUCGGUGUGUGGGAGCUGCGAGGGCAGGGGUCCCGGGCGCCAUUGCUGGCCGUCAGAGAGCCGCCUGGACCUCGUCUGCCCUCAGCGGCGCUUCUCCGGGCGAGAGGAGGCAUAGCUUGGGGCCGUCGCCCCCCCCCCCCCCCCGCCCGGUGUCGUGAAUUGUGUGCCUCAUCUACCGCCCGCGUCGGGCCGCCGGGGCCGAGACGAUGUUUGACAAGACGCGGCUGCCGUACGUGGCCCUUGAUGUGCUCUGCGUGUUGCUGGGUACGUACGUGCCGCCGGCCCGAGGGGCGUGUGCGCGCGAGCCCGGGGUGCGGAGUCCCGCUUCCAUGCCUAUGGCUGUUCUAAGUUUGAGCCAAAUAAAUCCAUUUCAGAGAGGCUUUUUCUGUAAAGACAACAGCAUCCAGUAUCCGUACCAUGACAGUACCAUCACAUCCACUGUCCUCUCCAUAGUGGGGCUUGGUUUACCCAUUUCCUCUGAUGAAGAACUGCUCUGGUGGUAUUUAGCUGGUGAAAGUGCUGGAUUGCCUUUUGCAAUUCUUACUUCAAGGCAUACCCCCUUCCAACGAGGAAUAUUCUGUAAUGAUGAGUCCAUCAAGUAUCCUUACAAAGAAGACACCAUACCUUAUGCGUUAUUAGGUGGAAUAAUCAUUCCAUUCAGUAUUAUUGUUAUGAUUAUUGGAGAAGCCCUGUCUGUUUAUUAUAACCUCUUGCACUCGAAUUCCUUUAUCAGAAAUAACUACAUAGCCACUAUUUACAAAGCCAUUGGAACAUUUUUAUUUGGUGCAGCUGCUAGUCAGUCCCUGACUGACAUUGCCAAGUAUUCAAUAGGCAGACUGCGGCCUCACUUCCUGGAUGUAUGUGACCCAGAUUGGUCAAAAAUCAACUGCAGUGUUGGUUACAUUGAAAACUACAUAUGUCGAGGGAAUGCACACAAAGUGAAGGAGGGCAGAUUGUCUUUUUACUCGGGCCACUCUUCGUUCUCCAUGUACUGCAUGCUGUUCGUGGCACUUUACCUUCAAGCCAGGAUGAAGGGAGACUGGGCAAGACUCUUACGCCCCACACUGCAAUUUGGUCUUGUUGCUGUGUCCAUCUACGUGGGCCUCUCUCGAGUUUCUGACUACAAACACCACUGGAGUGAUGUACUGACUGGACUCAUUCAAGGAGCCCUGGUUGCAGUAUUAGUUGCAGUGUAUGUAUCCGAUUUCUUCAAGGAGAGAAAUUCUUUUAAAGAAAGGAAAGAGGAGGACUCCCAUACAACUCUGCACGAAACACCGACGACGGGGAAUCACUUUAGGAACAGUCACCAACCUUGAAGGUAGAUAAAACUGGCCCGCUUUCUAAAGGAAAAGGAUUGCAACCAGAGGACAGAGGAUGAGUUUUCUUCAUGGUGUACAAACCUUUAAGGGACUGCUGCUGCUAUACCUCUUGGACGCCCACUUUACCUGUGUGUAUAUAGUUACAUUUAACACCAUGGUUCUCUAAUAGCGCUGAGUUCAUUAAAAAAAAUUUCAAGCCUUUCACUAAAACAAUGCCCACCUGUACAUUUUUAUUAAAAAAAUGUAAUGCUUAUGUACAAAUGUGUAUGCAAUAAUAUGCUUUCUUAGAAUGAUGCCUGACUGAAGUAUGAUACAUAUUAAAAUGUUUCAGUACAACUGCCUUGACAUGGGAGAACCAAAUCAACACUCCUGUAAGCAUUUGUAGUCAGCUGUAAUCAGGUGGUGCAAAAUUUAAAACCCCACAUUCGUUUAGCUGACUCUUUAUAAGUAGAGGCUGGCAGCAAACACAAUAUCCCUCUUGAUUUUGGUGAUUCCUAAGAGAAAAGAAAAGAUGGUUUAAGCUUCCAAGACCACAAAGACUGUGAUUCCCUUGCGGGGGGGGCGGGGGAAGAGGUUAAUACAACAAUCUCGAUGAUACAAAACCUUGCUGGUCUAAAAGAUAGAGGAGUUCACAGGCACCUCUGAGAGGAGAGGAGGGUAACUUAGAAACCAGACUCCUGUUCCUAUGACUCUGGACUCAGAAGUAUCCCAGUUCCUGUGUGUGUGCAGGGCCGUGACAGGGUCUCCGACUAUGCACAAAGACCCACUGAGGGAAGGACUAAACCGUCAAAAGUAGUAGUUAGUUGACCCAAAAGCAUGAAUUCUCAGCCUACUUCAGGAGACACUUUAUUUUCACUUACCACUUGAGAUUCUUUCUGGACUAAGGGAGGACAAACAUAAAUUUCAUUAUUUAGUAAGUUUACGUAACUUAAACUCUGGUUGAUUAAAUAGGUCUGCCCCAUCAACCAUAUGGAAACAGUACCCAGUUUUUGCACACCUCUUCUUAGGACACUGUUUAGCAGAAAUCAUUAGGGGUUGUGACUACAUGAGCAACUAACAGAGCGACAAGGUGGCCGCUAUUCUUUGAUGUGUUAACUCACAGCCCUUUUUCUUGGCAAAUAUUCAGACGGAACAAACUGUAAGCAUGUUAUAUACUCCCUCCGACCCCCUGCCCGCCUCCAUUACUACCCCCUUUUGGACUGGCCAUCCUUUCUUUUUUGGUCUUCCUACUUCCACCUUGCUAAUCUACAGACUUCCCUACAAUGCAACAGCAAGAACUGCCAGAGCACCGCACUCCUGGGGUCAAAAUCUCCAAUCAUUUCAGGAAAAAGCUGGGAGCUGGGGGGUAACAUGAUCAUCUCUCUUCUCCUUCCUACUGUUCUACUCACUGGUCUCGUACUCUUGCUUACGUCUAUCAAGCAUACAUGAAGGGCCUCGAUACCACCUUUCGAGUGGGGGCCCUAGGCCAUCUCAUCUGUCUCUCAAUUCCUGUUGUCUCUUCCUUUCUUUCCUGUAGACUUAUCACCACCUGAAAUACUUUAAUUGUUGACUUGUUUAUUGCAUGUCUCCCUACACUAGAAUGUAAGCUCCAUGAAGGCAGGGAUUUGUGGGGUUUUUGUUCACUGCUGUAUCCCCUGGUGCUUAAAACCAUGCCUGCACAUAGUACACAAUAAAUAUUUAUAAAUGA